AUGGGACGCGGCGGAAGAAAGAACAAGGGCGGUAGCAGAGGCGGCAGGGGCGGAAGCCACGUUAGCGGAGAAAGGCAGACGUACAAGAGCUUCAACGACCUGCGCCGCGACAACGACAACUUCCGCAAAUACUAUACGGCGCAAAAGAUUGUCAGCGAGGAGGAGUUCCCCGUGCUUAUGGAGGCCAUGCGCACGGUGCUGCCGACCAACUUCCGUAUCACUGGGUCGCGGCAGCAGGCCGUGGAUAUCCGCGAGCAGAUCAUCAACGAGUUCAUCCCGUACUUCAAGGACAUCACCAUCGAGGGCGCUGAGAUUGAGCCGCCGCACCCGCUGGAGUGGUACCCCAACAACUUUGGGUGGCAGUUCACGAUCCCGCGCGUUGCGCUGAAGAAGUCGAAGGAGCUGAGCAAGUUUCACUCGUUCCUGGUCACCGAGACCGAGGUCGGCAACAUCAGCCGGCAGGAGGCCGUCAGCAUGGUGCCGCCACUGUUCCUGGACGUGCGCCCGGACCACUACGUGCUGGACAUGUGCGCGGCGCCCGGGUCUAAGACCGCGCAGCUGAUCGAGGCGCUGCACAGCGGCGUCGAUGCCGGUCAGACACCCGGCGGCCUGGUCAUUGCCAACGACGCCGACUACAAACGCGCGUGUAUGCUGGUGCACCAGGUGAACCGGCUCAACAGCCCUAACAUCGUUGUCACCAACCACAGCGGCGAGCGCUUCCCCAACAUCUACCGCAGCACGGAGGGUAGCGGCCCGCGCCAGAUUGUGCAGUUCGACCGCAUCCUUUGCGACGUGCCCUGCAGCGGCGACGGCACCACGCGCAAGAACGUGCGCGUGUGGGAGAAGUGGAGACCCGACGACGCGUACGCGCUCAACCCUAUCCAGUCCAAGAUCCUACAGCGCGCCGCGUACCUGCUCAAGACCGGUGGCCGCCUGGUCUACUCGACGUGCUCGCUCAACCCCAUCGAGAACGAGGCCGUUGUCGCACACGUGAUGGACCACUUCGAGGGUGCACUCAGGCUGGUCGAUGUCAGCAAUCAGAUGCCGGCCCUCAAGCGCCGCCCGGGCCUCGACACCUGGAAGGUGAUGACGCGCGACGGUGUCCUGCACGACACAUUCGAGGCCAUGCCUCUCGAGACUGCCGGCCGUCGCAAACACAUGCAUAAGUUCUUCCCGCUUGAGCCCAAGCGCAUGGAGGAGAUGCAUAUCGACCGCUGCAUGCGCAUCUACUCGCACCUGCAGAACACUGGCGGUUUCUUUGUCGCCGUGCUCGAGAAGGUCGCGCCCAUAAGCGUUGAUGAGAAGAAGAAGGCUGCUGCUGAGCACGCCAUCCUCGUUGCCGCGACCGAGAAGGCCAGGGCGCAGGCCAAGGAGCUUGCCAAGGCGGCCAUGGAUGUUGAGACCGAGACUGAGGGCGCUUCCGCCACCAAACGAGUGGCCAAUGAUGCCGACGCCGCUGAUGCCAAGCGCGUUAAGGUCGACAUUGCCGCCGCUUCUGAUGUAGAUGAUGAUGAGAACGAGGACUAUAUCGUUGAUGGCGAUGACAAGGAGGCUAAGGGUCACAGUGGGCCCUACCUCCCGGACAACCCCCGCGAGGAUCCGGCGCUGCCCGAGAACCCAUUUGUGUUCCUUGACGCUAAUGAAGGCGAGCUGAAGACUAUUCUGGACUACUAUGGCGUCAAGGACACCCUGUCGCGGAACGGGUUCCUUAGCCGCAUCGAGAACGACGCGUUCCGGUCGGUGUACAACGUGUCCGACUCUCGCCUGCGGGUCGUCAACACGGGCAUCCGGGUGUUUAGCCGCAACUGCGUCAAGGACGCCGGGUGUGCUUUCAGGCUUGUGUGCGAGGGCGUACCGCAGAUUCUGCCGCAUUUGCCCGACAGGUGCGUGCUCAACGUGUCAUUCAACGACCUCAAGACCCUGCUGGAGCAGGUGAACCCGCUGCUGACUGCGCUGUCCGAGGAGAGCCAGGAGCGCAUAAGAAUGUCAUGCCGUCGUCCAGCAUCAUUGUGCGCUACGACCCGGUGGCGCGUGCUGGCGAUGCCGAGCAGCCGUUCACGCGGCUGA